GUCUAUUCACAGUGAUUUCAAGAAAAUUAUUCACAUUUUACUGCCUUGUUCUUCUAUAGCAAAUAAAAAAAUCAGUAGCGGUAUAUUAAUCUUACAUGAUCAUGUUGUUUGAUUCAUGUUUGUUGUAGUUGCGGUGGGAUUUGCGGUUGCACUAAUAUUUGCCAUCAGUUUUGCAAUCAGCAUAUACAAAAUAAGAGCAAUAACACUGAGAAAAAGACGAAAAGAAUUGAUGCGCCUCCCAAGUAUUCCAAAAUUGAAAGACUCUCCAUACGAAAUGAAUUUAACCAAUCCAAAAAAUCCGUAUUCCGAUCCCAACUAUGAAAUCGUAGAGGAACAAGAUGAGGGUUACGAACAUUUGCCCGAAUCAGGAGAAACUACUUUAACAGACGAAGAUGGGCCAUAUAUAGAUCCUAACAAUGCAGAUGGAACAUAUUUAGAUGUAGUGCAUAGCGAAAAAGAACCUAAUGAUUACAUUAACGUUCCCCCUUAUAUUGAUUUAGUUGAUGAUGCAAUAGACGAUUCUUUGAAAUCAGGGGCUGUGGACAAUUUACAAACAGAGAAUGCUGCUACAAUAAACGUAACUGAGAAAAUAGAUGUGGACGAAAUAAAGACAUAAACGAGGAUUUUCCGACCAUAAAUGUGCUACCAAACCAAAAGAUAAUUUCGGAAAAGUUAUCAAUACAUUAUAUGCAUUCAUUUGUCAGUUUUAUUUGUUCGUUUAUUAGUCCCUUAACGUCAUACCGGAUAAGCCCUAUAACACAACAGUUUAGUGGAUUUGUUAAUAAUGGGAAAGGCCAAUUAAUUCUUACAAUUUUUUCUACACAACAAUAUUAAGCGCAGUGGGUACAAUUUUCUCCUUUCACGUAAAGGUAGAUGUCGUUGAAAUACAGUGACCAUCCAAACAAGAAAAAUGUAAAUUCUUCCACUCGUAUAUUUUAAGGCUUUCAAAAGAUGGGCGGUGCCAAAUUUCACUGAAUGGACGAAGGAUUGUAAACAUACUAGUACCAUAACCAAACCUAAGAUAAAA